CUACAAUGUCUAAGGGACCAUCUGUUGGGAUUGAUCUUGGCACCACAUAUUCCUGUGUUGGUGUCUUCCAACAUGGCAAAGUGGAAAUCAUUGCCAAUGACCAGGGUAACAGAACCACACCAAGCUACGUUGCCUUCACCGAUACCGAAAGGCUUAUCGGUGAUGCCGCAAAGAACCAAGUGGCAAUGAACCCCACUAACACAGUUUUUGAUGCAAAGCGCCUGAUUGGUCGCAGAUUUGAUGAUGCUGUCGUCCAAUCUGAUAUGAAGCACUGGCCUUUCACUGUUGUGAAUGAUGCAGGCAGACCAAAAGUCCAGGUGGAGUACAAAGCAGAGACAAAAUGCUUUUACCCAGAAGAAAUAUCUUCCAUGGUGCUAACAAAAAUGAAGGAGAUAGCAGAGGCAUACUUGGGAAAG